UUUACGUAAAUCAGCUGGGCCAUCUCCGGAGCAAGCUCGGAGCAGCUCCGGAAGAGCCACCGGCCAGCAACGCAGCCAUGGCCAACAGAACCAACACCUCUGCCCCGUAUUACAGCUACGAAUACUACCUGGACUACUUGGACCUCAUGCCCGUGGAUGAGAAGAAGCUGAGAGCCAACAAACAUUCGAUCGUCAUCGCCUUCUGGGUGAGCCUGGCAGCUUUCGUGGUUUUUCUCUUCCUCAUCCUUCUCUACAUGUCCUGGUCAGGCUCUCCGCAGACGAGGAACAACGCCACCCAGCGGCCCCCAACAUGUUCCUGGAGUCUCGGCCUCAGCCUGCUCUGCGUCUGGAGGCAACCCCAGCACGCCAGGGCCCCCACAGGGGACCCUGCAGCCUCACCGAGCUCGGUCGAGGAAGGAGACGCUGGAGCAUCCCGGCCUGUCCAGAGGCUGCAACGGGAGAGCCCCUCCACCUCGGCGCCCCCAGGCCCACCCUACUCUCCUCUGGGAACUGGCCCUCGAUGGGGCCCCACAGGGCACCAGCUGACGUCAGCAACACGCCCAGUGAGCCUCGCCUGCAGACAGAACCUCUCGAUGGGAGAACCAACACCCCAAACCCACGUGCCCUCUGGAAGCCUGUUUACAUAGCGGGACGGGCAAGUAGGUCAAGGAUGAGGCCACCAGGGGGCACGUGUAAGCAUCUGUCCUGGGCCAGCAACCAGGCCCCACUAACCGAGGGAAACAGGCACAAAUGUUGCUCCUUCUUAUUUAGCGCACUUACCGCUUAUGCUUGCAUUGAGGACAGAGAAAUAAAAUAUAUAUGA